AUGUUUUCUCAGAUGGCUGACGAUCAUGGGUUCUGGCCAAAUUCCGGUGCUGAUUUUGAGUUGGAACCAUACCAGUUCGAUAGUGGGAUUCUCAAUGAGAACGAACAGGCUGCGGUGGAAACGAUUUCGCCGAUCUUGACGGUGUCGAUAUCUCCGUUUUUUAACAGUGAUUUCGAUGAGUCUCUGAUGGUGAGUUCGAUGGGUGGAUCGAUCGGCAGCUCUUCGUACUCGUUGGGCGAGUCGGACAGCACGGCUCUAGAGAGGGAUCUCGAAACACCACCGUUGCCUGUUUCGAGCGCGGCGUCCAGUUUUGUGUCGGAUUCGCCGCCGAUCAAGCGCUGCAAGACGCUGCCAAGAACACCCCAGAGACCGGCUGGCCCGUCGUCUCCGUCUCCCUGCCGCGUGUCGCGGGCGUCUUCGGCAGGAAGCGUCUCCGGGGAACACAAGAAAGUGUCGGACUCGCGGCUGAGCGCUCAGGGCCUGGCCAAGGUGCUGAAACUGGACUCCCCGGAGGAGGCGCUCAAGAGGGAAAGAUACAUCCUGGAUAUCUUCGAGAACGAAUUGCAUUAUCCGCUCGGCUACAAGACCUGGGUGCGUGACACUUUUAAGGAUUACCGGGUCAAGCUGAUCGACCAGCUGCACGAAAGAGUGAAACACAAGUACCCGGAGUACGAUCACGCGGUGCUAGAGACCAUCAUCAGAAGAGCGACCUACUACAUGAUGCAAAGCAGACUGAGACGAGAGAGGAGAGCGCGUGCAAAGGGCGUGAAAAUGUCACAAUCCAAUGCGAACACUCCCUAA